UCAAUUUAACGUGUGGAUAGUAACACCGUGUAUGGGUUCGUUGUCUCAGUUCCUCUCCUCAGCAACAUCUUUGUGUUACUCUCCACUGGGGAUGCUGUCCAAAGUCAGUGGUAAUGACUCCACCUGAAUAUUGUCAUUUGUAGAUUUUAGGUCUAUGUAUAGUUGUUUCUAAAUAUUUUUUAUAAGUAUAUAUACUAGUUGCAUUUCUUACGUGUCUUUCUUAGGUGGCUAUUGAUUUGCCCAUAGGCUACUGUUAAAUUAUCUCCCAUCCCACUUUCCUUCCAUCAUCGAAAACUGCACGUUGAAAGUGCGGGAACAAAGAAGAAAGUGGGCUGUGCACUUCUGGCCCAGCGUUGCUUAAUUUCUUUCCCCCCUCCUUAUUCCAAAUCUUUUUUACCUUGUCCUGUGCACUUACACUUGUGGACGGAGCUUAAUUCCAUCUUUCACAUUCAGGACGCAGGGUAUACCCACCUGACAACGCGUUUUGUCAUUUGGCUCUUCUUUUCUAGAAAAUAUUAAGAGACCGCACCUGUCAAGCGUGGAACUCAAACAAGGCAAAACAAAUUGGGAUCGUUUUAGGAAUAAGACUGGAAAUGCUCCUAUCUCUGCUGCUGUGCACCAUCUGCCUCCUUGUCCGACCAUCCUCCUCUACCCCCAGCCAUGGCUCAGAUGACUCAAGACUCCUACAGGUGACCAUCCCUAUCAGACCCCCCAUCUCCGCCAUCUUGGGUGGCUCUCUCACACUGCCUUGUUUGGUGUCCCUGUCCCAUCCACCCCCGUCCCCCUCAACGGUGGGUCGACACGCCGUGCUCACCUUGCCCCGGGUCAAGUGGAGCAUCCUUUCACAAGGCCGAGAGACUGAGAUCCUUGUGGCCCGCGGGGACAGGGUAAAGGUCAGUGAGGCCUACAAGGACCGGGCCUUCCUGUUAAAUUACGCAUCCUCCCCUGCCGACUUAACCCUGAAGCUGGAAGGUCUGCGGUACAAUGACACAGGCUUCUAUCGGUGUGAGGUGCAGCAAGGCCUGGAGGAUGCAGAUGAUGUGGCUUACAUCAAGGUCAAAGGGGUGGUGUUCCACUAUCGAGAGGCUGCUAGUCGGUACGCCUUCACCUUUGAGCAGGCCAGGAAAGCCUGCAAGGAGAUCGGUGCUCACAUCGCCUCUCCAGAACAGCUCUUUGCAGCGUAUUACAGUGGCUACGAGCAGUGUGAUGCAGGCUGGCUUUCCGACCACUCAGUAAGGUAUCCUAUCCAAAUGCCAAGGGAGGGAUGUUUCGGUGAUAUGGAUGGAUGGCCUGGAGUCAGGAGCUAUGGACUUCUGGAGCCUGAUGAGCUCUAUGAUGUGUAUUGUUAUGUGGAGGAUAUCGAAGGGAAGGUGUUCCAUGGCUCCUCUCCUCACCGAUUCACCUUAUGGGAAGCAAAGGCUCAUUGCAGGGAUCAUGGGGCUGAGUUGGCAACCACAGGUCAGUUGUAUGCAGCCUGGAAUGAUGGCCUGAACCACUGCAGCCCCGGUUGGUUGGCAGACGGAAGCGUGCGCUACCCUAUCGUAAUUCCCAGAGAGCGCUGCGGUGGGGGCGAGCCUGGAGUCAGGACUGUCUAUCGUCAUAGCAACCAGACGGGCUUCCCUGAGCCACACACUCGCCACGAUGUCUACUGCUUCCAAAGCUACAACCACGCACACACAGACUCCCCCUAUGAAUACCUGGCCACCGAGCCCGAGGACAUUGUGACCCUGGCCGACCCUCUGGACGAGUUCAGCCUGGUCCACAUGACAGAACAAGAGGGUAGUGAAGCUCAAGGUGCACUGACAGCCAUCCCUGUCCCAGAGGAGCAAUACACUGAAGAGCACAAGGAGAAACAGGGGGCUGUGGAGGGUCAAACCCCGACUGUGGCCUAUGACGAGCUCCCCUUUCCCAUGGAACCCCAGAGCCCAGUCACCUCUUCAUCCAUACCGCAAGAUUCCAAGGCCACAAAAGACACGUGGGAGCCCGUGCACAAGGCCAGUUACCCAGAGUCUCAUCAGUCUGCUCCAGGGGAAAACCAAGACCCAAUCUACCCGGUUCCACCUCACGAUUCUCACGAAGACAGCAUCAGUAACACAGAGUAUUCUUUGUUAGUUGACAGGCACAUCGUAAAUGUGUCACAAAUUGCUUUGGAGGCAUCUGUAUCCAGCUCCGAGUACGAGGUAACAAGUCCAGAGAGUGAGUUCACCACACGUCAAGAAGACCAUUCUGAGGAUGAUCACGUGGAGCAGUGGAUCCACUCAGGCACCUCUCACAAAGUUUCAGGAGAUCCUGAGGAAGCCCUUGCCGGGGGUGUUGUAGAGUCAUCUGUACCUGCCACUUCGUCUCAUGCGCAUCCAGAGCUCUUCCCUAUCUUCUCCACCAACCCAUCCUCACCUUUUGAAAACACUACGCCUGAAUUUCCCCUAAACAGAGAGAAUUCUGUGGAGCAGAGUUCCAAUUCAAUUCUUUCUGGCGAAGAGCAUCACAUGUCCUCUCAGACGACGGUUACCAUAAGCCAAGUGGACAUUGACCCCUAUGACACCCAUGAAGUGAUACCUACCUCUGAGUACAGUUAUAUUCCCACACAGAAACCGUCUGGCUUAUCAAUAACAAAUUCCUCCACCCCAGUAGACCAUGAGGAGCAAGAGGCCGGUGGAACCUCUGUGGAGUCAUUACCAGAAGCUCCCAAUCGCUCGGCAGACCUGACUUUGGUCACAACAGACAAUAUCAUCACAGUCACUAGUGAGCCAGGUUCCAGUGAAGAAGACAUCCACAGAGAUAACUACCCUGUGACUCUUUUGACCUCACCUAUACGCAUGACUCUGUCUCCUCCUGUUGUGGAGGUGGAGGCCAGCUCUACAGGAGAGGUGAUCACUUUCAUUCCCAAAGCCAGUGUCCCCUCUGGGUUUGACACCUUGGAAGAAAAUCUGGACAAGGUGGAGCAGGAGGGAGUGGGUGAAAGCCCACAAAUGCUCAUUACUAAAACUCCAGACAUUGCAAACACAGCCUCGGGCCUGGAGGGCAGUGGCCUGGAGGGCAGUGGCCUGGAGGGCAGUGGCCAGGAGGGCAGUGGCCUGGAGGGCAGUGGCCUGGAGGGCAGUGGCCUCGAGGGCAGUGGCCUGGAGGGCAGUGGCCUGGAGGGCAGUGGCCAGGAAGGCAGUGGCCAGGAGGGCAGUGGUCAGGAGGGCAGUGGCCUGGAGGGCAGUGGCCUGGAGGGCAGUGGCCAGGAGGGCAGUGGCCUGGAGGGCAGUGGCCAGGAGGGCAGUGGAGAGGAUGCUGGGUCGGGAUCGGCAGAAGAGCUUUCUGGAUCUGCCGAAUCAUCAGGAGAACCCUCUGGAGAAAGCUCAGGGGUCUUUGACACAGAAUUCCCCUUGACAAAUGAAACUCUCAACUCCGUCAAUGACACCGAUAGUAGCGAAAUUGAGUCCGGAACAGAUGCCCCCUCCGCAGAGAUAGAAAUCACAUUGCUCCCUAACCUGUCACUAACCCCCAGCUCGGAGACAGAACCAGCCCCCACCAUCCCCCAGGAGUCUCGGACGGACCUGGAGUACAGUGGGGAGGCAACUGACACUGAAGUCGAUGCUCCCGAGUCCUCUAACCUGCCACCCACUGAGGAACCAGAGGAGGAGACUCCCAGCCCCUCUCCGACCACAGAGGAUUAUGAUGAACUCACAACAAUGACAGCCACGCUGUACCCUGAGGACUUUGACGAGGAGGAGGAGUUGACUCCAACCCCUGCAGCACCACCUUCUGGCAGAUCAUCUGUUGGAAAAUUUUGGAGGAUUUCAGAUGCCUGUGUGGAUAACCCCUGUCUGAAUGGGGGCACCUGUGUUGAUGGUGGAGGAUCAACAAAAUGUCUUUGCCUACCCUCAUAUGGUGGAGAUAUGUGCCAGACAGAUUUGGAGUCGUGUGAACCUGGAUGGGAGAAGUUCAUGGGAUUCUGUUAUCGUCACUUUGACAAGCAGCAAGGCUGGGAGGUAGCCGAGCAGCACUGUCGAAUGUGUGGAGGUCACCUAGUGUCCAUCAUGACCCCUGAGGAGCAGGACUACAUCAAUGACAAGUAUAGAGAGUACCAGUGGAUUGGACUGAACGAUAGGACCAUCGAAGGAGACUUCCGUUGGUCUGAUGGGAACCCUCUUCUGUAUGAUAACUGGUACCGGGGCCAGCCUGACAGCUACUUCCUGUCGGGGGAGGACUGUGUGGUGAUGGUGUGGCAUGACGAAGGGCGCUGGAGUGACGUGCCCUGUAACUACCACCUUUCUUACACCUGCAAAAAGGGUACAUCUUCCUGUGGCCAACCUCCUGAAGUCCCCGGUGCUAAGUUAUUUGGUAAGAGGCGUCUGCAUUACGAAACUAACUCCAAAGUGCGCUACUACUGUGGUGAAGAAUUCCUCCAGAGGAAGAAUCCUGUCAUCAAAUGUCUGUCAAAUGGGCAGUGGGAGGCACCUCAAAUAACCUGUACACCAAACCAGUCAGCAGAAAACGAGCAGAUAACUACACCGCCAUACCAGAAUGAGGGGGUGUUGGUUGUGGACACAGCCACAGACAAAGCCACUCCACAGUUUUGGGACAUUAAGUGGAACUUUUAAACUCUUAAGUCCAAGUGUUGUUUACCCCGUUUAGUUUCCUGUCACGGAUGUGUUUCACUCUAAGGCUGCCCAACCUUGUUCUCCAACAAAGUCGAACCUCACUUAAGAAAUGUUGUCUUUGAAGUCAAGUUGUUGAUGUAUUCCCAUCACCUAAUUCUUCCAUAAUAAAACCAUUAGCAAAAUUAUAAGACUUUGAUAGGACUCUAAUACAGUUAUGAUCUCACUUGAAGUAUGUCAAACAUGUCAAGAAAAGGAAGCAUAGCAAAAAACUAGUGCAUACUGUAGUAUGUUAAUGGGAAAUGCCUAUUACUGUACGUGGUCUAUCAACUAGUUAUGACACUGUUGGAAUACUGUAUUUGACUGCAAUGUCUAGUUAUGAAGCUCUUAGAUGGGGAGGAUGGAUAAGCACAAUUUAAUUCUCAACCUCAGCUGGUCUGACAUUAACUGAAGCCACUUAAAUAGAUAGAUAAAUAGGUACUUUAUUAAUCCCCUAGGGGAAAUUGCUUUCAUUCUCUCUUCCUCAGCAACAAUUGCAAUUUUUCUUUUAGUCCAGUUUGUAUCAGAUUUUCCCACAUAUUUCAGAGCUCAGAUAUACCUUCCCACAGGUCUUAUCAUUAAUUCAAAAUGUCCUCAUUCCUGGGGCUUUGUUUUUCAGUGUUCUCACAGUUUGUUCCAUUCAUAGUAUCUGCAGAACACAAUCACUAAGAUGCUAGCAAAAACGUAAAACAUUUUGGUCCACUUAUCUUUGUAAUUUCUAGAUAUUGUAUUAAUGACAUCCAUCAAUAGCAAGUCAAACUCAGUAGGGUAUAACAAGAAAUGUAUAUGAAUACAUAUGGGUUUUAACCUUUCAGCUGAUUACAUCUACUUAGCUGUAGUGAUGUUUACUUACUGUACUUAUAAAUGAACUAUGUCGCACAGUAGUUGUUAUUGGUUUUACAAUUAUAUUUGGACUCAAUGUUAGUAUUUUUGUAUUGUUAAUUUCAUUAAUUCCAACUGAGAUCUGCUGUCAGUGGUCUAAACUUUUUUUGUAGUCACAAUCAGGAUGCACAAAGAUGCAUAGAUCUGAUUAAUACAGUUUCAUUCAUAUUAUCAUGAUAUUAAAAUACAUGAUAAUGUUUAAAUAUAUUAUGAUAUAUUUAUCAAGGGGUCUUGGAAUACAUAGGCACUGAAAAUAUGGACAUUGGGUGUCUUGUUAAAUGAACAGCUAGAUUUUUACUAUUCCCUAUAUUGUAGACUGUAGUUUUUUUUACUAACGCCAUUGUGUUUGAUGCAAGAUGUAUAGCUUGAUGUGUAGUAGGCUGAAUGUUGUCACUGAUUGACAUUUGUGACAUUGAAUCGAGUGAGUUAAAACAGCAUGAAGUUAGAUUGAUGCAAUAAAAGUGCAGGUAGCCAAAGUUGUGUAAACA